CUUAAUUCCAAGAAUGAACAAUUCUCACGUGCAGAGUCGAGUGUACCGAACUAUUGGACAGAUAUCUACCAUCAUAGUCCAGGGUGGAGAAUCUCCAGCCUUCCUCCCUCCUGUUGUAGUGGGCUACCUUAUGACAGGAGUCACCUUUCAGGUUCCGCCACUCCUGAAAGAAAACCCUUGCUUUAGGGUCCGUCUUGAGAAGCCUGAAGAACCCAGCGAUAUUACAGCAACUGUUGUGGCUGCCCUCCUGAAACCCAACUACUCUAUUCAGGGAAGAAGACCAAGAGAGGAGUUAAUGGUGGUUAAGUUCAGAAAGUUUCUCCAAUGUGUACAAGAGAAAGAAGUCAGUGAACACUUUCAUGCCAGGACCCUCACUGAAGAAGAGCAGGCGUUUAUCCUGACACUGAAUCCUGGACACAUCCUAGCCUUUGCAACAGGAAGCAGCAGAGUUCCUGCGACUGGAUUUCCUCCUAGUCCAAAGCUGACUUUUGUUCAUGAUGACACAAAACACCUUCCAGUUGCUCACACAUGCUCAAAUGAGCUCCAAAUCUUUGUUAACAAAAAGAAUCUGACAGAUGAUGAUGAGUUUGCUUACCAUAUUCCGGUGGCUCUCAUGGAUGGCGAAAUUUUCAGUGUAGUGUAGUGUAGAGUAGUGUCAAAGCUAGACAUGCACAGACACGAUAAAGCCAAUAAACCAAUGGGUGCUUUUGCUGAUGCAAUGUAAUUUAUUUUGUCUUUAUACAUUUAAGGUUUAAUUAUUGUCAGUUAAUACAUUUCAGGCUAAUGUUGAAACUGUUUAGCCUCUCUACCAGUCCACUCUACAUUACAUACAUACGUUACAUUAUUUACUUGAGUACCUUAAUUAUCAUGGGCUCAAGAGUUAGACAUAUACAAUUUUGGUAUAUGAAUUCCUGAACUUGGCGAUACAAUGUUUUUCCUUUGUUACCAUCAUUUUCAAGAGGGUUUACUGCAACAAUCAAUUCUUGCAGCUCCUGCUGGUUAAGUGGGCAAAAUGUGUUAAGUGCAUGAGAUGUUGAGGCUGAGUCCACUGUUCUUGCCUCAGUUGCAGCUUCAAGAUAGUUCAGUAACACAAGGUGUCUGUCUAGUGUGAAAAGCAACCAAGUGGGAUUCUGUUUCCUUCAGAUGAGAUUGAAUGAUUGUUGAAAGCAGCUUUAAACUCAUCUAAUGUGCAAUGAAUCCUGGGAAUGUGCACAAAAUGAAGACAAAAUAAAUCAGAUUCAUUGUCUACA